CUUAUGAUUACCAUGACCUGGAUGACUGAGAAUCUUCACCAACAAGUCACUAACAUGGAGUUUCACAAAUUUGUGACCAAAAUUUGAGAGAAAUAUAUCUAUUAAGUGCUAAGGUGCAUAAAAAAGUGUUAGAUCUUUAAUGUAUACUUGUGAAAAAUGGGAGCAAAAACAAAAGUGUUGCCUUUUUGUUCAGAAACCAACACAAACUAAAGUAUUGCUUUUGACAAGAGCUUCACUGAUGAUGAGUUGAACUGGACACAAUCCAGUAACUUUGACAGCUCAGAUCCAAACCAAAUGUUAGUCUAGCUUAUGAAACACUUUGUCUGUAGAACUUUCCUCAGGACAACCAGAAGGUUCGUCUGUCUGUUAACGGCUUCCUGUGUGCAUUUGAGAUCCCAGUGCCAGGUUCACCAAUGUCACUGAGCUCACCCACACUGACAGACAUCACUCCAAUAGCCAACAACUUGGCUUCCAAUGGAAACAUGGGCAAUAAGCCCAUCCUCAUCCCCAAUGGUGGGCCCAGCACCAUGGUGCCCUGUAACCCAGAGAUGCUCCUGGCCAAUGGAGUUGCCAACGGACACAUUACACCAGUGCAGGAGAGCCCCUUCAUUGGAUACAUCAUUGCCAUGCACAGAAAGAUGGUGAGAACUCUAUACAAAAGAAGUGUGCUGUACU